AUGCGCCUCAUUCAGAACAUGUGCACCAUCGCCGAGUACCCCGCCCCGGGCAGCGCCGCCGCCGCCGCCGCCGCCGCCGACUGCUGCGCGGGCGCCGCGGGCCGCCGCCUGGUCAAGAUCGCGGUGGUGGGGGCCAGCGGCGUGGGCAAGACCGCUCUGGUGGUCCGGUUCCUCACCAAACGGUUCAUCGGGGACUACGAGAGAAACGCAGGUAAUCUCUAUACCAGACAAGUGCAAAUAGAAGGUGAAACCCUGGCUAUUCAGGUUCAAGACACGCCAGGUAUUCAGGUCCACGAGAACGGCCUGAGCUGCGGCGAGCAGCUGAAUAGGUGCAUCCGCUGGGCCGAUGCCGUGGUGAUCGUGUUCUCCAUCACCGACUACAAGAGCUACGAACUCAUCGGCCAGCUCCACCAGCACGUCCAGCAGCUGCACCUGGGCACCCGGCUGCCCGUGGUGGUCGUGGCCAACAAAGCUGACCUGCUGCACGUCAAGCAGGUUGACCCCCAGCUCGGACUGCAGCUGGCCAGCGUGCUGGGCUGCUCGUUCUACGAGGUGUCUGUCAGCGAAAAUUACAACGACGUCUACAGCGCUUUCCACGUCUUGUGCAAGGAAGUGAGUCACAAACAGCAGCCCAGCAGCACACCCGAGAAGCGGAGAACCUCCCUCAUCCCCAGGCCCAAGUCCCCCAACAUGCAGGACCUCAAGAGGAGGUUCAAGCAAGCCCUCUCGGCCAAAGUGAGGACUGUCACCUCCGUCUGAAGCAGGGACGCUCCGGGGGUGGGGUGGGGGCGGGGUUUGGGCUUCCCAGGAAGAAGGCCUGAGCUUCUCCCACGGGAACGGGAACGGUGCAGGCUGGCAGGCAUUCACGGUUCCAGAAAGGGCCAGAGCAGAGGGGCCAGGAGGGCCUGGUGGAACUGCCGCAGGAGAGCCAGCGAUCCGAGAGAGGAGCCGCCCCGAAGAUGCGAACUAUGCUUCCUUUGGAGUGGGGAGGGCGGCUGCAUCACUCUGGACUCUGGUCCUCACCUUGUAAAUGACAGUAAAUGACAGUCACAGCCAACUAGAUUGGCGUGGUCGGCAGGGGGAAUGGAAGAACAGAUGAAGCGCUCGUGGCCUUUCCUCUCUCCUCUUUCUUUCUUUUCCCUUUUCUCCCCACCCCGCCCUCCAUCCCACCAAGAGGAGGCACUGCUUUUUCUCCUAGAGUCCGACUGGCCUGUGACACGCUAGUCCCAGCGGAAUGCCUGCCUACCCCGGACGAUACCCAGAUUUCUUCUUUAAAGAGCAAGGAGGCAGAUGCCACCCCCACCCCCAAUAAAGGGUGGGGUGUAUGGGCCACAUGUGUGGAUACAGACGGACAUCUGGAAGCUUAGAGGGCCUGCAGGAAGGCGCGGCUUCCUCCCGACACAGGAUGAAGAUGCUUAGUUGAACAUGUGUUAAAUGGUUGAGAACUCAACUCUUCAGCCCCGGACUUUUGAGUAAUCGUGAGACUGUAUAAUUUUUUUUUUUUUUUUAACUGUUGCAUCAGGUACAGAAAAAAAAAAUGCGUUCAUAGACUUUGGUGUGAUUUGUGUAAAUGGCUCACGGCAAUGACGUUGGGUUGUCCCCUAGGCCUGGCCGAGUCGUGGCUUGAAUAUGAACACACUGUCUUAACAGCGAGUGAACAGAUAAGGGGCCACCGCCAAAUCCCCGACACAGAUGCACUUUAAAAAGCCACUCAUGCUUUGGCUUAAACUGUAAUUAAUUUAUUUUAUGUACAAUAAAAUAUCAUUUUAAAAGAG